AUGGGAGUGAAUUUUAAAGAGCUCUUCUACUAUGAGGCGCCACGCACUGCAAUUUUCGUCGAUGCAUUCGAGAGCGAUGCUGCAAAACUUUGGGUAUACCAAGCAGCCUCAGAGGCGGGUCUCUUUAACAAUAGUCAGGCGUGGUUUAUGCUGGGCUCCGGCCAUGCGAAUCGAACAGACGAGAGUAUUAUUAAAGAGCAUUUGUCUGCAUAUAACAUAAGCAUUGAUGCGGACAUAACAGUGGCAAUCAGAGGCGUGCCGUGUGGCAAACACAGCAAUCUCUGUGCAAGCUGGCUGUUGUACGAUGUGUAUAGGUUGGGUCAACAGACACCGUUGCUUGUGGAAUCAAAGGGUGCAUGGAGCUUGGCAGCUGGCUAUCGACUUUGGCCGAAAUUCAACCAGAGUUGGCUGAGGCGACGCAGUAACUUGGGCAACAUAACGCUGAUUGGCAGCACUUUGAUUGAGAAGCCGCCGGGUUUUGACGAUUUGAGCUAUCUAAGCAACGACAGGCAAUUGCUUCAGUUGGAUCCGAUGCAACGGAAAACCUUUCAGUUAUUUCGCCUCAUGGAGAGUCUGUUUAACCUAAGCUUAGACGUUCGCUUCACCGACAACUGGGGCCAGCUGCAGCCAAAUGGCAGCUGGUCAGGUGUGAUGGGUGAAGUCACAAGCGGCGAGGCGCACUUUGCCCUCUGCCCCAUGCGCUUUGUGCUCGACAGGCAGCGCUAUGUGCAGUUCUCGCCCGUGUUGCAUACACAGCUCAUACACUUUUUGUUUCGCCACCCGCGCCGAAGCAGCAUCCGCAACAUAUUCUUUGAGCCACUCAGCACACAGGUCUGGUGGUGUGUCUUCGCUCUGGUGCUGUGCAGUACCAUCCUGCUGCCAUUGCACAUCAAUCUGGAACGACGCGAGCACACGUUGCAACAUCAAUUGCCGGCAGUGGGCGGACACCUGGCAUUCGUCUGGUUCACCAUACUGGAAACGUAUCUGCAGCAGGGUCCAGCCUUGGAGCUGUUCCGUUUGCCAUCAACUCGACUGCUAAUUAGCGCUAGUUGCCUGUUCAGCUUUAUGCUGAUGCAAUUCUAUGGCGCCUUCAUUGUGGGCUCGUUGCUCUCGGAUACGCCUCGCACAAUUCUCACUCUCCAGGCGCUGUACGAGAGCAACCUCGAGAUUGGUAUGGAGAACAUUUCAUAUAAUUUUGUGCUCUUCACCAACACCACCAAUCAGCUGGUGCGAGAUGUCUACACCCAUCGCAUUUGUCGUGACCACCAAAAUAACAUACUGGACAUCCAACAGGGCGCCGAACGCAUUCGAGGCGGCGGCUUUGCCUUCCACUCGGCCAUCGAUCGCAUGUAUCGACUGCUGAUUGAACUGCUCGAUGAGCAACAGUUCUGCGAGCUGCAAGAGAUCAUGUUCAAUCCCCCGUAUGUUGCCGGCUCUGUGCUGUCCAAGAGCUCACCAUGGCGAGAGCACUUGGCCCAUGCUGUGCUCCAUCUGCGCGAAACUGGUCUAAUGCAGUACAACGACAGACUGUGGACGCUGCCAAAGCCAGAUUGUUCGCUGUUCAAGGCCACCCAAGUGGAGGUGGACUUGAAGCACUUUGCUCCCGCUCUAUUCGCGCUGCUCUUGGCCAUGCUGGCCAGUGCUGUGGUGUUCCUUGUCGAGUUGCUGCUCGGAUGGAUCAAUGCUCGGCACAAACCAAAGUAA